GUUAGCGAGGGUCUUGAUUUUGCUGAUCAGACAGGGAGAGGAGUCAUAAUCACCGGGAUGCCAUUUUCAAUGAAGACUGAUCCCAAGGUCCGCCUGAAACGUGAGUACUUGGAUCAGCAAGCCAUAUUAAGGAAGAAAGACUCUAAGGAUGUGCUGACUGGAGAGAGUUGGUAUGUGCAGCAGGCAGCAAGGGCUGUUAAUCAAGCUAUUGGCCGUGUUAUCAGACAUCGCCAUGAUUAUGGAGCUAUAUUUCUUUGCGAUGAAAGGUUUGCUCAGCAAAGCUAUCAGUGCCAAAUGUCAUAUUGGCUCCGGCCAUAUGUCAAGUGCUACCCAAAGUUUGGUGACGUGGUUUUUCAGAUGACUAGAUUCUUUCGUGAAAAAGAAUUUUCUAUUCCUCAAAAGCGAAAGUUAACUGAAAGCCUUGUCACAGAGGAGAUCAAGAUGGAAGAGCAACCAAUAUUCACAUCAGAUUUAUUGAGCUGCUUGAGUCCACGUAUUAAGCAUGUAAACAGUGAUCUACCGUCAUCCGCACCUUCAAUUCUUAAGAAGAAAAUUCAUGUUCAGUUAGGGCCGAUCAUACCUGCAAAUCGCUCUAAUUUCUCUUAUAAACAGAAUCAUAACUUAAGUGCAAGCAACAAAAGAGAGAUGUUCUCCAUCACAAAUAGACAUGGAACUCAUGGGAGCAUCAUAAAUCAUGAUAAUAAAAUAGUUGAUUUGACAAGUGACAUGUCAGAUGAUAGAAAUUUGAGACCAGAAGAUGCUGUUGUGCAUUGUUCAGUCAAAUUACCUAAGAGAUCAAAACUGAUCAAUGAAGAGUCCAAUUGUAGAUUUGUUGCUUCUCCAGAGAUUUGCUGCAAGCAAUUGUUGCCCACUUCUUGUAGCCAUUUAGAAGCUGGAAGUUUUGACAUGCAGAGAAGAACGGCAGACCUAAUUAGUCCUUUGAUAAGUAAAGAUAAAGAAUCUACCAGUUUAGCUAAAGAAGAUUCUGUUUCUAAGUUCUCUUUGAAGAAAGAAGGUCAAAACUGCCCAUCAUCCCUUGGGCAGGAGAUAUCGAGAGGUUCUACAUUUUUGGCACAGGUGCAAGAAAAACUUUCUGGUGAAGAAUAUAAAGACUUCGUCAGUUUUAUGAGGGCAUUGAAAUCCAAGACUAUGAAGAUAACAUCUGUUUUGGAGUCAAUUGCAAAGUUAUUUUCUGCCCCUGGGAGGCUUUUCCUUCUUGAAGGGUUCAAGCAUUUUGUUCCAGAAAAAUAUCGACCGUUGUAUGAGCAACAUCUCAGGGCCCAUGUCGCAGCAGGUGAUAAUUAAUUAUCUUUAUAGGGAAUUUAAAUAUCUUUUAAUUUUAAGUACUUAUCUUAUAAUUUUAAAAUUUUGGUCUUACUAUCUUGGUACAAAUUAUAUUCGGAUAUUCUGAUGUAUUUUAAUUCCUUAAAAUUAU